AUGACGACCGCGUGCCAGGGGGAGGAGCUGGCGAGUGUGUUGCGGGAGCGAGGGUUCCCGUGCCGGCAGAGCGUGGAGUGUUCGGCGCUGAAGAACUGGCACGUCAAGAAGGUGUUCGACUGCGCCGUGCGCGCCGUCAUCCUCGAGAAGCGGGCCAAGCGAAAGCGCACCAAACGAAAGCGCGAAAAGUCGUGCCUCCUCAGCUGA